CCUUGAUUUAUAUCGCGCUCUUUUUUGCUUUCCACCAUACUACAGUUUAUAACAUGUUAGACAAUACACACAACAAAUGUAUUCACUUUUUAAAGCUCAACUCUCCAAACUUUAAAAGCUUUGAGCGGCGUGAACAGGUGGCGAAGGGGCGUGCACAAAACACGACGGGCUUGACUUUUCACCAAUCGAAUUCCGAGAGAAAUGCUACCCGCCUCUGACAAUGCACCAAUCAGCGCGCGUUCUGAGCGAUGGGCGGUGCUAAGCGUGGUAGAAUGAAGUGGGAGGCGGCUGCUGGAGUCAGUGAAACAGACACGGAGCGGUUGCGCGUUUCAGCUCAGUUGAUGUGAAUGAGAGCAAUAUUUUUGGAAAUACGCGUAAACAGUGGGGACGUGCAACGCAAGGGACGCAUCUGAAUGAGGUUAUAGCAGCAGUAGCAGCAUUCCUUGGGGAACACGAGAGAAGCCUUGUGAAUAUUUGGUGAAGCAGGAGCAGAGACGACACCUGAUCUCCCGAGCCUUCGCCUUUCAUCCUUUCCGGAGUGUCAGAACAAGAUGGGGAAUGGAUUAUCAGAGCCCCAUGCCAUCUUUCCCCGUUUGCCGUCUUUUCAAGCCCUGCACAUUGUUAUUCUCGGGUUGGACUGUGCCGGUAAGACCACCGUGUUGUACCGGCUCCGUUUCAACGAGUUCGUGAACACCGUUCCUACCAAGGGCUUUAACACGGAGAAGAUCAAAGUGACUCUCGGUGGGAAAGGACGGACGGCGACGUUUCAUUUCUGGGAUGUUGGUGGUCAGGAGAAGCUCAGGCCUCUUUGGCGUUCCUACACGCGGUGCACGGACGGCCUCGUCUUCGUGGUGGACUCGGUGGACGUGGAGCGCAUGGAGGAGGCCAAGACGGAGCUCCAUAAGAUAACAAGGCUUCAGGAGAACCAGGGAGUGCCCGUUUUAGUGGUGGCUAACAAGCAGGACCUGCGCAACGCUUUGCCCCUGUGCGAGGUGGAGAAGAUGUUGGCGCUGAAUGAGCUCGGCUCUCACACACCCUGGCACCUCCAGCCGGCCUGCGCCAUCAUCGGAGAGGGCCUACAGGAAGGCUUGGAGCGGCUCCAUUCCAUGAUCAUCAAGCGGAGGAAGAUGAUGAGGCAGCAGAAGAGGAAAAGAUGACUUUAGUGAUGUUUUAUGAGCAGGACGUGAUGGUAAAGAGGUCCUCGGUCGCCUCUGUGAUGGCUCUGCUGAUACGCCGAGGGACUUUGUUGCCCUCCGCUUCUGGAAUUAUCAUUUCAGCGGACUGAGUUUUAUCAGUCAGAUGGUGCAGUUGUGUCCCACAGCUAGGGGAUUGUAUUGAUGUAACACUUUGGAUUGUCACAGAGAGGACCAUGUGGAACUUUUACAUAAACACUGUGUUACGCAAUGCUGUCAGGUGGUACAUGGAGUUCUGUUGAAGGACACUGGGCUUGAACUUGAAAAUGACAAAGACAGAGUUAGUCUUUGUGUCUUAUGUGUUACACAUCUACUAAUAUCUUAGCAUUUUACCAACAAUGUAAAGUCAUGAAAUGGAAGGAUGGAUUACCAAAGCUGCCAUGAACGUAUAUGUAUGCAUUCAUGUGUCUCUCCUGUCGGUUUGAUUUGGUAUUGACCACCAGUGUUUGCUGUCUUGGUGGUCGGGGAACAACAAUAAGCUUUAUGGAUCACUUGUUUGGGAACGCACAACAGUGUCACAGUACAGGGUAUUAUUUCAUAAGUACAUGUUAAGGGUGUACUUAUUCCUCUUAAAGUUCUCCUAAACUCGCUCCUAGAGAACUAUUCGUGUAACUUUUAGCUGUAACCACAUUGUGUACUUCCUUAAAGGACAAGAGAUGUUUAAAUGCACUUUAGCAAUUCCCUUUUUCUAAUCUAUGAACUUGCAUCAUUCAUAUUCAUUUUUUUUGUAAAGAGUUUAUUAUAAUACAGAAAUGUAAUGUAUUGCUUCGAGUGAAGCUUUUUUUCCCGAACAGUCGUUCAUUGUUUUACAUUCAUGCUUGUGAGUUGAGGGAUGUUCAUAUUUAUGUGUUGAAAUUUGUACAUUUUGAAUAAAUCCACAACUACACUGAA